AUGACAAAAAUAGCAUUUAUCCACCCAGAUUUGGGCAUUGGAGGCGCCGAAAGACUCGUAGUUGAUGCUGCUGUUGGCCUUCAGAAUUUAGGCAACGAAAUCGUUGUCUACACGUCGCACUGUGACAAAUCACACUGUUUUGAUGAAGUCAAGGCUGAUAUCUUGAAAGUGCAUGUUUUUGGGGAUUUCCUCCCCACUACCAUUGUUGGAAAGUUCCAUAUUCUUUGUGCAAUCAUUCGCCAACUCUAUUUGGUAACGAAAUUGAUCGUUACGGGCAAAAUCUCCAAGUACGACUACUUCAUAGUGGACCAACUCUCAUUCUGCGUGCCACUCUUGAGUCUCUUCUGCAACGCCAACUGUAAGGUGUUGUUCUACUGCCAUUUCCCCGACCAGUUACUUGCAAAGAAGUCUGGCCUUGCGAAAAUGCUUUAUAGGGUUCCCUUCGAUGCGUUGGAAGAAUGGACCACUGGAGUCAGUGAUCAAGUGGUGGUCAACUCAACCUUCACCAAAUCCAUUUUCCACAACACAUUCACUCAUUUGCAGACACUCAAUCCUGGUGUCAUCUACCCUUGUGUGGAUAUUAGCCAACCGGAUCAGGAUAAUUCAGAAGCAGAGGCAGAACUUAAUGAGUUUAUGAAAGGAGGUAAAUUUUUCUUGUCCAUCAACAGAUUCGAGAGAUUGAAGAACAUCGAAUUGGCAAUCAAAGCAUUUGCAGAGUUCAAGUCCAAAACAACUCAAGUGCCAUGUCCCAAGUUGAUUAUAGCUGGUGGGUUUGAUUCUCGUGUUAGGGAGAAUGUGGAGUAUUUGAGUGAGUUGGAGAAACUCUGUGACGAGCUACACUUGGUGCAUUAUACCUUCCGAGGAAAGUUGGUAAUGAUGCCUCAGUCUACAGAGGUGAUUUUCCUUCCCUCGGUGAAGACAUCCAUCAAGAACGCUGCGUUGAAGACUGCCCAACUUCUACUUUAUACACCUACAUUUGAGCACUUUGGAAUUGUGCCCGUGGAGAGUAUGUUAAACAAAACCCCUGUUUUGGCUAUAGACAGAGGUGGACCACUUGAGUCAAUUGUGAACUUUACCGGCUCCAAUGGCGCGGAGGCCACGGGGUUCAAUCGUCCCAAUGAUGUUGACCAAUGGGCAAAAAUCUUGCUUGAGUUCUCGUUGCCUGCGAAUGACAAGUUGCGUGAACAAUUGGGGGAAAACGGAUACAACCGAGCAAAGACGAUUUUUAGCCGAGAGCAAAUGAGUGAGUCUUUCGCAACGAAUUUGAAAGCUGCCUCCAAAACCAAAUCUGACAAGGGUAUUAUAUACAAGGUGUUGCUGAUGUGGAAGUUCUUGGUUGGAGCUUUGGCAAUUGGAAUUCUCGCAGUAUUCUUGAACAACUUCAGUAAAUAG